AUGACUAUCGAAUCAGAUUUGGAAAAAAACCGGGUUGAAGAAUUGGAUCAUUUGUUAACUUUAAUCAAACCGAAAAUCCUCCAAUACAUUGCCGAGGCCGAUCCUAAUUCGACUAAAUACAAGACUAGCUCCUUGGGCACUUACCACGAACCGGCUUUUUUAAAACAGGAACUAAUUAAUGACCUGGAUAACAAUUUAGUGAAACCGGCUUCUGAAGAUCAAUUAUGGGAGAUUAUUGAUAAAGUAUUGGCGUAUUCGGUCAAUACAUGGAACCCGGGGUUUUUGGAUAAGUUGUAUGCUUCAAAUAACCCCAUUGGUGUUAUUUCCGAUGUUAUAUUGAGUGUUUUGAAUACAAAUUCCCAUGUGUAUACGGUAUCACCAGUAUUAUCGGUGUUGGAGAAUUAUAUUGGUAAGAAAUAUGCGUCAUUGUUCUUUACCGAUAAUUUACAAACUUGUGGUGGGUUGACUUUUAGUGGUGGAUCGUGGUCGAAUAUCACCAGUAUGCAGAUUGCUCGCAGUAUGAAGUUUCCCGACACUAAACAGCAUGGCAACGGGAACCACAAGUUUGCAAUUUAUACCAGUAAACAUUGUCAUUAUUCAGUGGUUAAAGGAGCUAUAUUGUUGGGAUUAGGUAGUGAGAGCGUAUUUAAAGUCGAUGUGACAAAAGAGGGGACUUUGAAGGUGGAUGAAUUGGAACGUGUAAUUGAAGAAUCGAUCAAGGAUGGAUAUACACCAUUAUACAUAAACUCCACUGCUGGUACAACUGUAUUUGGCUCAUAUGAUCCAUUUGAAGAAAUUGCCAAAGUUGCCAAGAAAUACAAUGUACAUUUCCAUAUCGAUGGAUCAUGGGGUGGAAAUGUUGUAUUUUCCCCCACUUACAAAGAUCGAUUAGCUGGUGCCCAAUAUGCUGAUUCAAUAACUGUUAACCCACACAAGAUGUUGGGUGUGCCCACGACUUGUUCUUUUCUACUUAUCCCCCACGUUGCUCAUUUCCAAACCGCUAUGUCGUUACAAGCCCCAUAUUUGUUUCAUGGACGUGAUAAUGAUGAUGAUGAAAAUUACGAUUUGGCUGAUGGGACAAUGGGGUGUGGCCGUAGAGCCGAUAGUUUUAAAUUUUACUUGAGUUGGUUAUAUUAUGGGCAAAUUGGGUUUCAACAUCGUGUUGAACACGCGUACAAGAUUCAAGAAUAUUUCGUAAACAAGAUUACAACUUAUCCUGGUGGUGUGUUUGAGCUUGUUGGACCGAAAGAACCGCAAUGUUUACAGGUUUGUUUUUAUUAUCAUCCACCAAGUGCCAUUAACAACAAAAGUAGUAGUGGUGAAUCCAACACUGAAGUAACGAGAUACAUUUCUAGAGAGUUGCAUAAACAAGGUAAGUACUUAGUUGAUUUCAGUCCAAACCCUGAAGAUGUUUCACAAGGAGAGUUUUUUCGAGUCGUUUUCAAUUCACCUAUUUUGAGUGAUAAAGUUGUCGAUGAUUUGAUUGAAAGUAUUGUUAAAGUUGGUCAAGAGUUGAAGUAA